AUGGCAGGGCCGCGGGUGAACGUGAACGUUGGCGUGCUGGGCCACAUCGACAGCGGCAAGACGGCGCUGGCCAGGGCGCUGAGUACCACGGCCUCCACGGCCGCCUUCGACAAGCAGCCGCAGAGCCGCGAGCGCGGCAUCACGCUCGACCUGGGCUUCUCUUGCUUCUCGGUGCCGCUGCCCCCGCGCCUGCGGCCAGCGCUGUCCACGCACGGGCCCGAGCUCCAGCCCGGAGAGCCGCUGCUGCAGGUCACGCUGGUCGACUGUCCCGGGCACGCCUCCCUCAUCCGGACCAUCAUUGGCGGGGCCCAAAUCAUUGAUCUGAUGAUGCUGGUCAUCGAUGUGACCAAGGGGAUGCAGACGCAGUCAGCAGAAUGCCUGGUGAUUGGUCAGAUUGCCUGCCAGAAGCUGGUCGUGGUUCUCAACAAGAUCGACCUCUUAGCCGAGGAGAAGAGACAGGCAGCAAUAGACAGGAUGACCAAGAAGAUGCAGAAGACCCUGGAGAACACCAAGUUCCGAGGUGCACCCAUUAUACCUGUGGCCGCCAAGCCUGGGGGACCGGAGGCCCCUGAAACUGAAGCUCCACAGGGCAUCUCAGAGCUCAUUGAGCUCCUGACGUCACAGAUUUCCAUUCCAACGAGAGACCCAUCAGGACCGUUCCUCAUGUCGGUGGACCACUGCUUCUCCAUCAAAGGCCAGGGCACCGUGAUGACUGGGACCAUCCUCUCGGGCUCCAUCAGUCUUGGUGACAGUGUGGAGAUUCCUGCCCUCAAGGUGGUGAAGAAGGUGAAGUCCAUGCAGAUGUUCCACAUGCCCGUGACCUCAGCCAUGCAGGGGGACCGGCUGGGCAUCUGCGUCACACAGUUUGACCCCAAGCUGCUGGAGCGCGGGCUGGUGUGCGCCCCUGAGUCCCUGCACACUGUCCACGCGGCACUCAUCUCUGUGGAGAAGAUCCCGUACUUCCGGGGGCCCCUGCAGACCAAGGCCAAGUUCCACAUCACCGUGGGCCAUGAGACAGUCAUGGGCCGUCUGAUGUUCUUCAGCCCCGCCCCCGAUGCUUUCGACAGUGAGCCUGUGCUGGACUCCUUCGACUUCUCUCGAGAAUACCUCUUCCAGGAGCAGUACCUUGGCAAGGAUUCAGCGGGGCCUGUGGCAGAGGAGGAGGCUGACAAAAAGGCAGGCCCGGCCGCAGAGGGCCGCUGCCCUCGGCAGCAGUGGGCCCUGGUGGAGUUCGAGAAGCCCGUCACGUGCCCCCGGCUGUGCCUGGUGAUUGGCUCCAGGCUCGACACGGACAUUCAUGCCAACACGUGCCGCCUGGCCUUCCACGGCAUCCUGCUGCACGGGCUGGAGGCCAAGGACUACGCCGAGAGCUUCCUGCCCACGCUGAAGGUGUUCAAGCUCAAACACAAGCAUGGCCUCGUGGAACGGGCAAUGGAUGACUACAGUGUGAUUGGCCGCUCCCUGUUCAAAAAGGAGACCAACAUUCAGCUCUUCGUGGGGCUCAAGGUGCACCUGUCCACUGGGGAGCAGGGUGUCAUUGAUAGCGCCUUUGGCCAGAGUGGCAAGUUCAAGAUCCACAUCCCAGGCGGCCUCAGCCCAGAGACCAAGAAGAUCCUGACUGCAGCUGUGAAGAAGCGGGGGCGGGCGGGCCGUGGGGAGGCCGCCCCACAGGAGGAGGGUACCGAGCGACCGGAGCCCACGCAGCACGUGGCACUCAACCUGUCUUUCAAGCGCUACGUCUUCGACACCCACAAGCGCAUGGUCCAAUCACCCUGACCUGCCCUGCCUUGCUGAGGCCCACACCACGCUGCAGUGCCGAAUGCCCGACCAGAUGUGCCUCAACCUCCCUCAGGCUCUCAGCGUGAUCUUGCAGGCAUCUGAGUGCUUGGUGAGAAGCCAGGGCAUGGGGGAUGGUGUCCUCGUUCAGCGCCAGGAGGGUCUGCCAGUCCACUGUCUCAGCCAGGGCAGCAGCCAGGCCCAGCUAGGAAAGGGCCUGGACCAGUGACAGCCAAUUCUGUCUCCCAGGCUGUCCCAGCUAUCAGCCAUCUGGGGCCACACUUGGCCCAUGCCCCCAGGUGGGCAGG